GGGGCGGGGUCUUGUGACUCAACACUAACUUCCUCAUAGACAGUAGAGCCGGUGAACUCUGUCACUCUUCAGCAUUGUACAGUUAGAGGUCUGAGUAGGCUGUAGUGGAAAAGGAACGGGAAAAGUUGUACAGUAUAAUAAUCUGCCCACUGGAGUAGCGACCGGUAUACCGGCUGCAAUUCUCAUCAUUUGAAUGUCUGGUGACACAGCGCGAGAGGUGGGCUUCGAUUGUCAAGUCGCAAAGGUGCAUUCAACAGCAGAUAUAACGUCGGGGAUGGAACAAGUCACAAUGAGCGACCGGUUCGAUUGCGACAACUGCAAGGAGUCCCUGUACGGACGCAAGUACAUCCAGGCAGACGGGGGAGAGGGGGACAACCCCUACUGCAUCCCCUGUUACGACAGCCUGUUCGCCAACACCUGCGACGAGUGCAAGGAGCUAAUCGGCCAUGACGCCAGGGAGCUGUUCUACGAGGACCGGCACUACCACGAGCACUGUUUCCGUUGUUUCCGCUGUGACCGCUCGCUGGCGGACGAGCCCUUCACCAGCCAGGACGAGGCCCUGCUGUGCAACGACUGCUACUGCAACGAGUUCUCGUCCAAGUGUGUGGCCUGUGACAAGACUGUCAUGCCAGGCACGAGGAAGUUGGAGUAUGGUGGCUCCACAUGGCACGAGGGCUGUUUUAUCUGCCACAGCUGUGAGCAGCCCAUCGGCUCUAAGUCUUUCAUCCCAGACAAGGAUGAACACUACUGUGUGUCCUGCUAUGAGGAUAAGUUCGCCCCGCGCUGCACCCGCUGCAAAAAGGCCCUGGCUAAAGGGGGUGUGACAUAUCGGGAUGAGCCAUGGCACAAGGAGUGCUUUGUGUGUACGGGCUGCAAGGUGCAGCUGGCAGGGCAGCACUUCACCUCGCGCGAAGACAACCCCUACUGCCUCAAGUGCUUCGGCAGCCUAUACUCUAAGAAGUGUGAGGCCUGCAGCAAGCCUAUCACAGGUUUUGGCGGAGGGAAGUACAUCUCGUUUGAGGAGCGCCAGUGGCACCAGCCCUGCUUCACCUGCACAGAGUGCUCUGUCUCUCUGGUGGGGGCAGGCUUCUUCCCCAAUGGAGACCAGAUCCUGUGUCGCGACUGCAACACCAAUAGCAAUCUAUAGACUACACACACACACCGUAUCACCCCUCUCCUCACACACGCCCGCCUAGUUCAACCCCAGGGCCCCCCUCAUCACUGCCAAGGUUGUUAACACAGACCCACAGACUGCCUCUCAGGUCAUACACACAGACACACACACACAUACACACACACACACACCUUGCUCACUAGACCACAUCUCAAUCCCUCAUCCUCCCCCUGUGUUUUCUGCUGCUUGCUGUCAAAUACCAGAGCUAAGCAUCAGGCUACUGAAGCAAAGACACAGACAAAAAUCAGCUAGACUAAAGUUGAUCUAACUUGGCAGAGUUUUCAUGACCAAAUAGACCUAUAUUUCCUUCACCUGUAUGUAUGGGGUGACUUUUUGGUCGGAUUAUGUUUGGUUUAACAGAGGGAAAAGUAUUGUCUUUGGACAGAACUGAACCGUUCUGAACAAUUUUUAAAUGAUUAGUGGUGUCAUUUGAUGGAUUGCCAAUGGUCUACUAACCAAAAGAGUGAUGUACCAAAGAAAUGUAAUAUCUGCCAUCAAAUAAUUAACUGGGGGGGGGUCGUCAUGGAUCCAUGUUCAUGUUCUGUAUUAGAGGCUGGAGCAUUUUAAUAUGUGAGGAUAACACUGACCAACAUGCAAAUAGUCCAUCGAACAUAGUUCGAAAUCAUACUAUUUUGAUGUAGUUGCUAUCUAGCCUGGAGAGGGGAGAUCCACUCCAAGGCUUUCCUUCUCCACAGUAAGUCGUGACUAUGUGAAAAAAAAGGGUUAUGUGCCUUUAAAAGAAAUGGCCUACUUUAUAUGGUAUGUAUUAUCAAACCAAAGAGAAAUGCUUCCAGCUAUGCAAACUUGCUAGAUUUUUGUAUGAACGUAUCACCGCUAAUCAAUGAAAGCGGCACUUUGUAAAGCAGCUACAGAACACUGAUAUUUACUACAUUGUAAAUAUGUUAUGCAAGUAAAGUAUGUUCGAGUGAUUCAAUGCUGAUAAUUGCAGUUUUGUGCAUAUGACUGUUCUCCUAUGUCAAUUAGGUUUCAAAGCAGUAUUUGCUGUCAUGCUUUAGUUGUUACUUACCCUAUAGACAUAUCAUGAUUAUUUGAAGAGAAUAAUAUGUUGCGGUCAUUUGUUUAUGCAGUUGUCAAACACUGCUCCAGAAAGUGAAUGUCUUUAUAGUAUACUAAAGAAUAUGUCCAAGAGAUGGAGGGGGGGAAAAAAUAUAGAUAUUGAGAGAACGUGAAAAGAAAGAUGGCUUGGUGGUGCUGGAGAAAACCAAUGAAGUCAGUUAAGGCAUAAGUGAAAUGCUGUCAUGUAUUUACACUAUGGCUAAAAUAUUCCCCUCGUUCCCAUAGUCUGUGAACAUACAAUCGCAACUCAAGCAUUUAUAUAUGGAGCAACACCUAAACCACUCUGCCUUUUUAUAACGACUAUUGUUUACUUUUUUCCAUGUUGACACUUAUCUAUGAUAUUUUUCAUUAAGCAUAUUUCCUUUUUUUUGCCUUUUUGUAUUUAAUCUUUCUGUUACUAUCGCUGUUGUUUGAUAAUGAAUGGGCUAGUCCCGAAGAAGCUGAGCUGCAUUUCAUCAACUAAGUGGUAUGCAUGUCUUUGUCAUUACCAGACAUGGGUUCAAAUCCUUUCAAAUCAUUUCAAAUACUUUAUCUGGGCUUGAUUGAGUUUGCCUGGCCCAAUGGAACCAAUGGAAUAGUGGCAAAACUGCAAACCUCAUCCAUUUGCACUUCAGGCAGUCUAAGGCAAAUGCUACAAGUAUUUGGGACAUUUCAAAUAGUAUUUGAACCCAAAUCUGGUCAUUACUUGUUUGCCUAAAAAUGUAUAUUGAUUAUUGCUGUUGAGAUUUUCACUUGUAGAAAAAAAAUCAAAAAAAAAUCUUGAUUUCAUUAUUUUGAGCUUUGAUGCUGGCAAGUCAGAGUUGGCAAAUGUGCUUUUUAUGAUUCUAAAAAAGAUGGAGAAACACACCUGUGUGAUGGAAGAGUUGAUUCAAAUCAGUUGAAAAUGUAUACUGUUAAAUUUAUAUGACCUGUUUUAUAAAAUGUUAUUAAAGAAAUCUUAAUUGAAA